GUAUUCGUGCCAAAAGCCGCGGUGGGCUUGGUUAUCGGCAAAGGCGGAGAAAUGAUUAAAAAGCUGCAGCAGGAGACGGGCGCCAAGGUGACGUUUUUGCAUCUGAAGGACGAGGCGCCCGGCGAUCGAACCUGUGUCAUCUCAGGCAACGACGAGAACGUCGAGAUCGCGCGAAAGAAAAUCCAAGACAUGAUCGACAGCGUCGUGAAGGGUAGACCCAAUCCUCGAGGGUUUGGAGAGGGAAAUCGAGCUCGAGAACUUGUCCUAUCAGUUGUCCACCAAAAACGACCUGAUGAACAAAUACCAGGAGCAAAUCCUCCUUACCCGGGACCUUCACCUCUUCCAACGACUUCUGGUAAUCCGGGUUUGGUAGAGAUCAUGAUACCCGGCCCCAAGGUGGGUCUAAUAAUCGGUAAAGGUGGUGAAACCAUCAAGCAGCUCCAAGAGAAAUCUGGAGCUAAAAUGGUUGUAAUUCAAGAAGGUCCUGGUCAAGAACAAGAAAAACCUUUGAGAAUUACUGGUGAUCCGGCCAAGAAGGGUAGACCCAAUCCUCGAGGCAAUGGUUUUGCUGGAAGACCUAAUGAAUACGGUGGAUGGAACAAUCAACAAAAUAUGGGCAACAAGAUAGAAUGCAGUUUUCCUGUUCCCACAAACAAGUGCGGUAUCAUCAUUGGAAAAGGUGGUGAAACAAUUAAGCACAUCAAUCAACAGACUGGUGCUCAUUGUGAACUUGACAGGCGGAAUCCUGGUACUGAAACGGAAAAAUACUUUACCCUCAAGGGAACGCCCGAACAAGUCGAGCAUGCAAAAAGAGUAUUUGCGGAAAAGUUGGGUGGUGGAACCAUUCCUCAGGCCAAUAAUAUGUAUGGUGCUCAAAAUACGAUGGGAUACAACCCUACGUGGAAUCCGGCCUACCAAGCUUGGCCAGGUCAGGCACCUGCGGGCGAUCCAAAUGCAGGACAAGCCCAAAUUAAUCCUUCUACGGGUCAGGCUGACUAUAGCGCUCAGUGGAUUGUGUACUACAGGUCACUAGGUAUGCACAAAGAAGCUGAUCAAAUCGAGCAACAGCUCAAACAACAACAGGCGUCUGUGCCCAAACCUGACAUGUCACAACAACAGACGCCAGGCGCAAAUCCACCAAAUCCUGCAGUUGCUGCUCAACCUCAGCCACAGCAGCAACCACAGCAACAACAGCAAGCUACUCAACAGAACGGUAGCCAAGCAGACUACAGUGCACAGUGGGCAGAGUACUAUCGAAGUAUAGGAAAAAUAAAGGAAGCAGAAGCCAUCGAGGCACAAAUGAAAUCAAAACCUGGUAAUCCAAUGACCAAUAAUCAGAUGGGACAGCCACAGCAGCAGAUGCCGAACGCCAUGGCGAACCCGGCUGCGCCAACUGGCCCGGGAGCUGCACCAAACGCCUUUCCACAGGCUUACGGUGGCUAUGGCAUGAAUCCAGCGGCACCGGGCUACUAUACGCCUGCGCAAGGUCCAACAGCUCAGCCUGGACAACAAAAUCCUGGCUAUCCUGCCGCAGCUAGCUACCAAAAUUACCAAUAUCCUCAACAGCAGAGCUCUGACAACUGAGCGUCGGCAUCACCGAGCAGUCUGUCAUCUAAAUGAACCUCUAGUAAGUGUAACUUCUUUCUUACUAUAUACCCUGCAAUUUUCGGUUUUGUAGAGAUUUUGUGUUCUUAUUGUAAACAAGUCUUUUUGAGAUAUGAUCGCAAUAAGGAAUGGUUUAAUACAAUAAUUUGCUUUGCUUUAUAACAGUAAAACGAUCCAAGCAAAUAUGUAUUGCCAUUGUGGUAAGUACAAUGUAUGAUUACAUAUGUUUAGUGGUUAUCUCUAAAAGAUUUGAUUGAAAUAAUGGAUAUAACGAGUUGAGGUAUAUUGCCUUAAUUGACUUUUUUUUAUUCAUUCAAAAGUAUU